AGCGCGGCUGCAUGAGGUUGAUGCUGCUGUGCUGCACCUGGAGGGACGAGCCUAUGGGAGAGGACGAAGGGACCGACCUGCCGGUGUGUGCGAGCUGCGGGCAGGGCAUCUACGAUGGGCAGUACCUGCAGGCGCUGAACGCCGACUGGCACGCCGACUGCUUCCGGUGCUGCGAGUGUGGGGCCUCCCUGUCCCACCAGUACUACGAGAAGGAUGGGCGCCUGUACUGCAAGAAGGAUUACUGGGCGCGCUUCGGGGAGCUCUGCCAUGGCUGCUCCGAGCAGAUCACCAAGGGGCUGGUCAUGGUGGCCGGGGAGCAGAAGUACCACCCCGAGUGCUUCAGCUGCCUCAACUGCCACACGUUCAUCGGGGACGGGGACACCUAUGCGCUGGUGGAGCGCUCCAAGCUCUACUGUGGGCACUGCUAUUACCAGAUGGUGGUGACGCCGGUCAUCGAGCAGAUCCUGCCGGAUUCACCGGCUUCCCGCAUCCCGCACACCGUCACGCUCGUCUCCAUCCCCGCCUGCUCUGAUGGCAAACGCGGCUUCUCCGUCUCCAUCGACCAGGGCUGCGGCACCGAGCACCCCCGCACCGUCCGCGUCCGAGAGGUGGAUCCAGACUGCAUCAGCCCUGACAUGAAGAACUCCAUCCAUGUGGGCGACCGCAUCCUGGAGAUCAACGGCACCCCCAUCGGCCAUGUCCCCCUGGAUGAGAUCGACCUGCUGAUCCAGGAGACCAGCCGCCUGCUCCAGCUCACCAUCGAGCACGACCCCCACGAGCCCCUUGCCCGCGAGUCGGGGCUUGCCUGCAGCCCCCUGCCCGCCCCGUGCAGCCCCCUGCGCUCCCCGGCCCCCCUGCCCUGCGGGGAGCCCAGCGCCAUGCGCCAGCGGACUGUCACGAGGAGCUGCAGCACGGACAAGUCUCCGGGCUCUGGCUCGGUGGGCUCGCCCGCAUCCCAGCGCAAGGACAUCGGUCGCUCCGAGUCAUUGCGCGUCGUCUCCCGCGCCCAUCGCAUCUUCCGCCCCUCCGACCUGAUCCACGGCGAGGUGCUGGGCAAGGGCUGCUUCGGCCAGGCCAUCAAGGUAACGCAUCGGGAGACGGGCGAGGUGAUGGUCAUGAAGGAGCUGAUCCGCUUCGACGAGGAGACGCAGAGGACCUUCCUCAAAGAGGUGAAGGUGAUGCGCUGCCUGGAGCACCCCAACGUGCUGAAGUUCAUCGGGGUGCUGUACAAGGAGAAGAGGCUCAACUUCAUCACGGAGUACAUCAAGGGGGGAACCUUGAGGGGCCUGAUCAAGAGCAUGGACAGCCACUACCCCUGGAGCCAGCGGGUCAGCUUCGCCAAGGACAUCGCCGCCGGCAUGGCCUACCUCCACUCCAUGAACAUCAUCCACCGUGACCUCAACUCUCACAACUGCCUCGUGCGGGAGAACAAGAGCGUGGUCGUGGCUGAUUUUGGGCUGGCGCGGCUGAUGGUGGAUGAGAAGAACCAGCCCGAACAUCUCAAGAACCUGAAGAAACCGGACCGCAAGAAGCGGUACACGGUGGUGGGGAACCCGUACUGGAUGGCCCCCGAGAUGAUCAAUGGGAGGAGCUACGAUGAGAAGGUGGACAUCUUCUCCUUCGGCAUCGUCCUGUGUGAGAUCAUUGGCCGGGUGAGCGCCGACCCCGACUACCUGCCCCGCACCACCGACUUCGGCCUCAACGUCAGGGGCUUCCUGGACCGCUACUGCCCCCCCGCCUGCCCCCCCAGCUUCUUCCCCAUCGCCGUCUGCUGCUGCGACCUCGACCCCGAGAAGCGGCCGUCCUUCAGCAAGCUGGAGCAGUGGCUGGAAACCCUCCGCAUGCACCUGGAGAUCCACCUCCCGCUGAGCUCCCAGCUGGAGCAGCUGGACCGAGCCUUCAGGGAGAUGCACCGGCGGGGCGAAGGCGGGCUGCCCGCGCCUCCCCGAUAGAGCCCCCCCACCCGCACCCCCUCCGAAGCCGCAGGAGAAGGAGCUGCACCCGCCGCCAGCAUCUGCUCUGGCUGCCGCCACCCCCGGGGCUGGAUCCCUGGGGCUCCCCGGAUGAGCCCCCCACUCUCUCUCCUCUGCACGGGCUGCCCACACUGCUGCCCGCACCGCUGCCUGCACCGUCCCUGGGAGCUGGCUCUCCCUGGGGCUGCACGGCUCCUGUGCAUCCCUCCCCUACGCCAUAGCUCCUGCUCCCAGGACAAGCCCGACCGGCCACACCACGGGGACCGUCCCCAUGUCCCCAUGUCCCCCCCUGCCCCGUCCCGGCUCGCUUCGCCUUUGCACGCCCGGGGGCUGCGUGGCCGCCGCACCCGCACGAGCCCCGUGGGCUCCCCCGUACAGAGCCGCGGCCUCGCGGCGGUGCCUUGGCUUUCCGUGAACUUGCACUGCGACACAGGAGGGACCCCCCGGUUCCUUUG